AUUAAAUUACGUACAAGCAAAGGGAGAAACACUGACCGUGUAAAUUACGUGAGAUGGCGCAUUUUGAUUCAGUUUUGCAGGCCGCAACCGGACUCAGUUUUUGUUUCCUUUCAUUCUUCCCAAACCAUUGAAUCAUGGCCGACGCCGCACCCGCGCCGAGGUAGAUCCAGAGCCACCGCCUUCCCAUGCCCUAACGGAGCUCCGAUUGCAACGACCUUGUCCCGAUGGCUUUCAGAAUCGCUUUCGUCAUCCUCCUCGUCACCGCCGUAGCUUUCGCUUGCUUCACUCUCCCCGUCGAUAAGAUUUUGAAGGAUUUCUUGUUAUGGGUUCACCAGGAUCUUGGCGUCUGGGGUCCCGUUGUGUUGGCCAUUGCAUACAUUCCAUUGACAAUCAUGGCUGUUCCUGCCUCAAUCCUGACACUUGGGGGUGGCUACUUGUUUGGGCUACCCAUUGCCAUUGUUGCUGAUUCUAUUGGUGCCACUGCUGGUGCUGGGGCUGCAUUUCUUCUUGGAAGAACUAUUGGGAAAUCCUUUGUUGUUUCCAAGUUGAAGGACUAUCCGCAGUUCCGCUCGGUUGCUAUUGCAAUUCAUAGAUCUGGGUUUAAGAUCAUUCUGUUACUUCGGCUUGUUCCCUUGCUUCCGUUUAACAUUAUGAAUUAUCUUUUGUCUGUGACUCCUAUUUCACUUGGGAAGUACAUGUUGGCUUCCUGGUUGGGAAUGAUGCCAAUUACAGUUGCAUUAGUUUACGUGGGAACAACCCUUAAGGAUCUAUCUGAUGUGACUCAUGGCUGGAAUGAAUUUUCAAAGUCUGAUUGGGCAUUUCUCGUGUUGGGUCUUUCGAUAUCUGUGGUUCUAAUAAUUUGCAUUACAAAAGUCGCCAAGGCUGCUCUAGAUAAAGCGCUGGCCGAAAAGGAAGAUUACGACGAUGUAGUGUCUGGUCAGCUACUGGUUGUAGAGGCUCCUCUAGAUCUCAAGCAGCCUCUGAUAAUCAAGAUAGACCCAACCGAAGAUAACCAAGAAAAAUGACAAGGCCAUGUCCUCAACGAACCAUUCUGAUUCACUCCACAGCUACUGAUAUCAACUUGUUUAAGAGCUUGUGGUUUGUAAUAUCUCUGUACAGUUCCAUAACUUAGGUAGAAACCUAGCUUAGCUUCUGUCUUGUGAUUGGAGAUGAAUAUAUGAUAACUAUAGACAGUUCUUGAACUUUUCUGUAUCGUAUUACUAGGAAAGAACGUUCAGUUCUUGAUAGAUAUAGUAUUGCUAAAUUAUAAAAAAUACAGUUGACCUUCAUAAACUUUU